UCCUGUUGUCGCCCUCCUUGGUUCCGUUUGGUGGCGCGUACGGCUUCUUUGAUUAUUUCAUCUUCAUUGGUUCCACCCGACAGGCCACUUAUCUUGGCCGCGAACUUGGUUGAUUUCGUGAACGCUCGACGGUCCCACAGCACACACUUCUCAGCAUCAACAACAUGAUACCAACCAAUGGUCUUCGUCUUCCCUUGCGAAACCGCACAGGACCGCAGCGCCCAAAAGGCAAUGGUGAUGAGAACGCGACGAGUCAGCACAUCCGUCAAUCAUCAAGCGGGUCGAUCAAGAACGCAACAUUCGUCGUUCCCGCCAAUCCGCACGCAACUAAGAUUGGUCCCCAACGUUCCGCCCUCGGCGAGUUGACGACCGCCGCCGUCAACCGCAAGGACAUCGUCAGCAAACUCAUUGGCAAUGGCAAAGAUGGGACUGUCGAGACUGGCCUGAAACGCAGUUAUUCCUCCACCUUCUUGUCUAAAUCUGGUCCCCAGAGAGUGCGACUGGGAUCGAACAGAGAACCGCCGAUCCAUCACAGUCGCUCGACGUCUGUACAAAUCUUGGCGCCACUCGCACGAGUUGCGCAACGCGCUCCAAUCUCUGUCUCCCAAGAAGUCUUCAAGCCUGCUCGAUCGGAGGAGGCUGCGUGCGAAGAGGAUGGCAUGGAGGUUGAAGAGCACCACGUGGCAUCUGUUCAUAUUGUGAAGGAACACCAGACAUUGGAGAACGUCGAUCGGAAUCAAGACGAAGAGCAGGACCAGAACGACCCAGUCGUGCAGGCGAAAAGGCCGCGCAUUUGGCCGGACGUCGCCACAGAUCGUGUCCGGAGGUACCAUCAGGAAGUCAACGAGAUCAAGGAGACCUUCCAAGACCCGGUGGAUGAGUUUGACAUGACCAUGGUCUCUGAGUACACAGAGGACAUCUUCCAGUACAUGCAUAAAUUGGAGGAGGACGUCAUGGCUAAUCCCGACUACAUGAACGGCCAGACCGAGAUCAACGUCACAAUGCGCCGGACGCUGGUAGACUGGCUCCUGCAAGUCCAUUUGCGAUACCACAUGCUGCCCGAGACGCUCUGGAUUGCGGUGAACAUCGUGGACCGCUUCCUCUCCAAACGCAUCGUGUCAGUAGUGAAGCUGCAGCUCGUUGGGGUCACAGCAAUGUUCAUCGCCUCGAAGUAUGAGGAGAUUCUGGCGCCUUCUGUCGACGAGUUUGUCUUCAUGACGGAGAACGGCUACUCGAGAGACGAGAUUCUGAAGGGCGAGCGGAUCGUGCUGCAGACGCUGGAUUUCAAGGUCAGCCACUACUGCUCGCCAUACAGUUGGAUGCGCAAGAUCAGCAAGGCGGACGACUACGACGUCCACACGCGCACGCUGAGCAAGUUUCUCACUGAGGUGACGCUGCUGGACUAUCGUUUCUUGAGGGUGAAGCCCAGUCUUAUCGCGGCCAUUGGGAUGUACAGUGCAAGGCGUAUGCUGGGCAAUGAAUGGAGCGAGGCAUUCGUGUUCUACUCUGGCUACACGGAAGAACACCUCGUGCCAGGAUUCCAAUGGAUUGUCGAGGACGUUCUCGAGCAAGGCUUCACGAAGCAACACGUCUGUCAGAAAUACGCCAAUAAGAAGUUCCUCAAGGCGUCCGUCUUCGCGAUUGAGUGGGCCAGGCUUCACCAAGACGACAUCUUGGUGAAAGGGCAGACAGACACUGAGGAAUAAAGGCUCCAAGCGUUGUUAUCUGUGCAAGAGUGGGUUCGUCAACUCUGUACAUAUAACCUCACGUCCUCCCUCUGGUACGCCUCUAAGCCUAUCCUCUGUUCGCUCGUUGCCUCCUCGUGUCUGUAGCCUUAUUUUGCCUCUCCGACCUCUCUGCAGCCCUACUCUCAUUUUGUCUGCAGCCUCGUCGCCAUUGUUUGACUGUCACAUCCUAUGCAAUCCUCGUCUGCCUGUCUACCCUCGUCUCGAUCUGUCGCUUUCAUCAAAAGCUGCUCUCUUGAGUCCUUUUUAAUCAACUUUUUGGUACUCCACGCUUGACGGUGCAGACCGCGUUAAUCCCGUUCCUUGAUCGUCUUGUCCCCGACUGCAACGCUCUCUCCU